CCCAGGCAUCAUGGCCGCUCCCAGGACAUUCAAGCCGUUGGUUACUGUAUUUACACUGUGAACUAAAUAACUUGAACACCGGGAUUCAUAAUUUAACUAUCGAUUAACAAUAAUCUUCAUCAAUCUGUCGUUGAUUAUUGUCGAUUGUCAGACUGGAUGAUCAACAGAUUGUGGUUACUGCUGCAUGAGUCAAUGUGUAAAUGGUGUGAGUUUGUCACUUGACAGAUGCAGAUUGCUGUUGCUAUUAUUUAUAAGGAAAACGUCCAGGUGAUAUACUAUUCGUAGCGAUUAAUGUUUGACAUGAGACAAUGAUGCCGAUCAAGGAUAAUCAGGAUGUUGCGUGUUUCCUGGUCACGAAACACUCGUGGAAGGGAAAAUACAAACGUAUUUUCUCAAUUGGAUCCCUGGGUAUAACAACGUAUAAUCCCAGCAAUUUAGAGGUGACCAACAAAUGGGAGUACGCGGAUUUCAUAAAUGUACAACCGACCAACAGAAAUCAAAUUGGAUUGCACGAGUUCAGUAUAACAAUGAGAAAAGAGAGAAAAGUUGAUACGAUGAAAUUUAGCUCGGAGCAUAGAUCACAUUUGUUAACAGAGGCCCUCAGAUUUCGCAACCAAUUUGCUGAAAAGCCAAGGGAGAUGCUCAGAUACCCAGCUUAUAAGCACCACUGGUCGGACACAAGGCUCCCCGUUGUCCUGGAGAUAACCCCCUACAGUCUGGACCAACUGGACCCAGCGACAAACAUCGUCCUCGCGAGUUAUUACUACAAAGACAUCGAAGGUAUCGGAACAAUGCGUGACUACACCGAUGGUUUUGUGAUAGUCUGCGGUGGAUUUGGUCGUCUCCAUCUUUUCGCAUCGCAGCAGAUUGACGAGAUAAAACGAAAGGUCGUUGAGUCAGCUCAGACGAAUCUUGGAGUGAUGAUAAAAGUCCUCAAGGAGACUAUACCACUUGACGAAUUUCUCGUCCAGCGAUUUGGUAGAUUCAGUGGGGAUGAGCACAUAACAAGUGUCUCGGAGUUCACUGUACAUAAGAUAUCCUCGAGACACUCUGAUCCCCAGAGAAGAACAUUGUGCCUGUCCGAUAUGUGUCUCCUCGAACGAGAUCCCCAGACGUACAAUAUCUGUACAUUGAGGCCCCUCUCAGACAUAUUCGCACUUGUCAGGGACAAUGCAAAUCCUCAGUUGUUUACUAUUCAGUAUCUGAAUGGACAAAUGAGGAGUUAUAUGGCGACUGACAGGGAUUCACUGCUGGCAAGUCUGUUGGAUGGAGUCAGGGCUUCUGGAAAUCGGGAUGUUCAUGUCAAGAUGAGUCCCAUUGCACGUGGAAAGAGGCUGGGGCCCUUGAAUUUGCCGGUUGAUGAGGAAGUGGAAACGUCACAUGUUAAGUUUAUUCAACAGCCACCUGGGGGUAGAGCUUUUGCGGAAAUUCUGGAGAGGUUCAAUGCUAAUGUACCUUACAGUGGUCUUCACUAUUCUGUUACUCAAGAUGUUUACAAACCGCUUGAAUGGACUGUUACGACAAUACAACUAGGUGUACACAGGGUGAUGAAUACCUACUUGCAGGGAUUAUUCACCGAGAACAAGGACAAGAUCAUCCUGGGUGCACUGAGCUCAUUGGUGAACAAGGAGUUGGAGACUAAUGCCGAGGUGGAGGCGCAGUUUCAUGCCCUGAGGAGAUUGGUGGCGAGUAAAGUCGGAUUUAUGGCAUUUACAACGUUGCCUGGCUUUCGUGAAUCCAUUGGAAAUAAAGUUGUUAAGGCUCUGAAGAGACAGGACUGUGGAGUUGCUCAAGCUGCUAUUGACUGCAUCUGUGCUCUCAUGCAGGCGAUGCAUGACGACUGUGAUUUGAGGCAGGAACAGUUGAAUAAGAGUAGUUUGCUCAGCAGUAACAAAUUCUUGGAGAGUUUGCUGGACAUGUGGAUUGGUCACGUUAAUCACGGAACAGGAGCUCUGGUAGUGUCGGCCAUGCUGGACUUAUUAACCUUCGCACUGUGCGUUCCAUACAGCGAAACAACGGAUGGUAAACAUUUCGACAAUCUUCUGGAAAUGGUAGCCUCCCGAGGACGCUCCCUCUUCAAGCUCUUCCAACAUCCCUCCCUAGCAGUGGUGAAAGGCGCUGGUCUGAUAAUGCGAGCCAUAAUCGAAGAAGGAGCUGCAGAAGUUGCUGCCAAGAUGCAGGAGUUAGCCCUUGCCGAGGGGGCCUUACCCAGACAUUUAUUGAACAGUCUAUUCACAGUUGGCAGUGAUGGUAGACUACUCACCCAUCGGCAAUUGUGCAGACACUUGGUGGGUCUUUGGCUUACUGGCCACCCAACAGCAAUGGGCCUCCUCAAGCGAAUCCUUCCAGUGGGUCUGCUCACUUACCUCGACUCUGAGGAGAAAGUCCCGGACUCAUUUCUCGAGGAAGAACGCUUGAACAAUCGAGACAAUCUGAAAAUGGCUAUUGAUCAUGCAUCAAGGAAUAAACGUGGCCCUCAAUGGAUAGCGAUCGAGCGCCAGAUGCGAGUAGUCGAGAAACACCUGGAAAAUGCUCUUCAGCACUGGGGGGCACGUGUUGGUAUUGAGAGACGUGAGAAAAUCAAAGAACGUCAGCUCGUCCUUCGCAAACGUCGAGAGAGAAUUAAAUCAGAGGCCAACUGGAAACUGUUCUAUUACAAAUUCAAUCAAGACCACUCGAUGCCGAACCUCAUCUGGAACCAUAAAACACGUGAAGAAUUGAGAACAGCACUUGAGAAUGAAAUUCGAGCGUUUACAGCGGACAAAGAUCUUUCCGGAGGAACACUAAUUGCCUGGAAUCAUCGUGAAUUCGAAGUACAGUACCAGUGCCUUUCGGAUGAAGUUAAAAUUGGGGAUUAUUAUCUGAGAUUACUUCUGGAAAAGGAUUCCCCAGACAGCCCAAUUCGAAAAUCCUAUGAAUUUUUUAACGACCUUUACCACAGAUUUCUAUUAACCACUAAAGUGGAAAUGAAGUGCCUUUGUUUGCAGGCGAUGACUAUUGUCUACGGUCGUUAUUACGAGGACAUUGGCCCUUUCUCAGACACAAAGUAUAUUGUUGGCAUGUUGGAACGAUGCACAGACAGGGCUGAGCGUGACAGACUAGUGAUGUUCAUCCACAAAUUGAUUCUUCACAGAAAAAAUGUAAAGGACAUAAUGGAUCAAAAUGGUGUUCGAGUACUGGUGGACAUUCUCGCCCUGGCUCAUCUUCACACCUCGCGAGCAGUCGUUCCAGCUCAGACAAACGUCAUCGAGGCAGGUCCUGAACAGGAGCGGGUGAUGGAGCGAGAGUGGUAUUAUAAUGAUGGAGAUCAUCGUGCUGGUCCUGUCAGUCUGAAGGAGCUCAAGGACUUAUACACAUCUGGAAAAGUAAAUCACAAAACUAAAGUCUGGGCCCAGGGCUUGGACGGUUGGAGAAUAAUUUCUCAAGUACCUCAACUGAAAUGGACUUUAGUAGCUAAAGGUAUGCCAGUGAUGAACGAGAGUGAGCUAGCUACCCUGAUCCUCAAUAUUUUGAUACAAAUGUGUGAAUAUUACCCCAGUCGCGAUCCUGACAACGCAGUAAUUAGGCCCCUUCCAAGGGUGAAGAGAUUGUUAUCGGACUUACAAUGUCUUCCUCAUGUAGUUCAACUUCUCCUCACAUUUGACCCAGUCCUGGUGGAACGAGUGGCAACACUCCUCUGCGAAAUAAUGAGGGACAAUCCAGAUGUAUCGAAGAUCUAUCUGACAGGUGUUUUCUACUUCAUCCUGAUGUACACAGGUUCCAAUGUCCUUCCAAUUGCUCGAUUUCUUCAACUGACACAUUCAAAACAGGCCUUCCGGGGUGACGACACCACUGCCCCAGACAUAAUGCAGAGAAGUAUUCUGGGUCCUUUGCUACCCGACGCAAUGGUGAGCUACUUGGAGAAUCACGGAGCUGAGAAAUUCGCCCAAAUAUUUCUAGGAGAUUACGACACCCCAGAGGCCAUUUGGAAUGCAGAAAUGAGGAGGAUGUUGAUCGAGAAAGUGGCUGCACACAUCGCUGAUUUUUCACCAAGAUUGCAAAGCCAUACAAUGGCCAGGUAUCAGUACAUAGCGAUUCCAGCUGUUCGAUAUCCCCAGUUGGAGAAAGAGCUCUUCUGUCAAAUAUUCUACCUUCGACACCUCUGCGACACUGUUAAAUUCCCCAACUGGCCGAUUCCGGAGCCUGUCCACUUACUGAAAGACGUUCUCGACGCCUGGAAGAAAGAGGUAGAGAAAAAGCCCCCGGUAAUGACAGUGGACGAGGCUUACAAGGUUCUGGGUCUGGUGACAGGGCACCAGCACAACGAAGCUGAUGUUCGUAAAUCCUACUACAAGCUAGCGCAGAAGUACCAUCCCGACAAGAAUCCAGAGGGACGAGACAAAUUCGAGGCUGUGAAUCAAGCCUACGAGUUCUUGUGCAGCAGAAGUUGUUGGACAACAGACGGACCCAACCCUGACAACAUCGUCCUGAUCCUGAGGACUCAGAGUAUUCUUUUUGAUCGAUACACCGAUGAACUGAGGCCAUACAAAUACGCUGGUUAUCCCCAGUUGAUUAAGACCAUCAAACUGGAGACCGAGGAUGACAGGCUAUUCUCGAAGGCAGCUCCAUUACUAUCAGCAGCAGCUGAAUUAUGUUACCAUACUGUUCACUGCUCUGCACUCAACGCCGAGGAGUUGCGACGUGAGGGAGGGCUCGAGGUACUGCUCGAAGCUUACACAAGAUGUGUCUCUGUACUGAGUAACUCAAGUAAUCUCGAUGAAGUUGCUGUUCAAGUUUGUACCCAUAUCACCAGAUGUUUCGCUGUAGCUGGGAAAUUCCGAGGCUGCAGAGACAAGAUCGUGGAGCUACCGCAGUUGAUAAAAGAUCUCUGCAGAAUUCUUCACUUCAAACAUCUGACGAAAUUGUGCUCAGUUGCCACCGAAUGUGUUUCAUCACUCGCGACCGAUAGCAUUCUGCAGAUGCAACUGCUGCAGUCUGGUGCCCUCUGGCAUUUACUCCUCUUCAUGUUCAAUUAUGAUUAUACACUUGAGGAGGGGGGUGUGGAGCGCAGUCAGGAGGAAAAUAGGCAGGAAGUUGCCAAUAAUCUUGCUAAACUAGCGGUUAAGGCUUGUGCUAAACUCGGUGGGUACAUGACUGGUGAGAAUGAGACACCAGUGAAUCCAGUAACUGUUGCUGCACUUGAGAGCCUCCUGACUCCCUAUUUAGCGAGGCAACUUUCCAAGGAUAAACCUGAGGAGAUUCUCAAGACGCUGAAUUCCAACUGCUCGAAUCCCUACCUGAUCUGGGACAAUGGAACUAGGGCUGAAUUGAGUGAAUAUCUGGAAGGUAAGAGGCAGGAAAAGUUGAGUGGAAAUAUCAGUCUUGAACAUGACUUCAGUGAUUUCAAGUACAGUGCUCACAAUGACGAGCUUGUCAUCGGGGAGAUAUUUGUCAAAGUGUACAAUGAACAGCCGACGUUCCCCAUUGAGAAUCCCAAGAGCUUCACUAUUGAUCUGUUGGAUUUUCUGUCCAAGUCAUCUGAGUAUCUGGCGUCAUUGAACACCAUGACCCUGACUAAGAUAGACCAAGAGAGGCUCAAGGGAAUCGUCAUGACUCUGGAGGCCCUCAAGAACGUCAUCAAGAACAAUCCUGGCAUUGAGAUGCAGUGCAUCGGUCAUUUCACAUUGAUCUUCGGGCUUCUGAGUUGCAAUAAUUUCAAACCUAUUCAGAAGAGAGCUCUAGAGGUCAUCAACAACGUGACGAAGAAUCACGAGUGUGUGAACGACAUCGCAGCGAACGAAGUGGUUGUUCAUUUGCUGCUGACUCUUCACACUUUGAAAGAACAUCAGCUGUUGACUCUGGAGACACUCUAUGCACUGAUGAGCACCACGAAGAUUGUCAAGGACGCCCUCUCAAAAGGUGCGGUAAUAUAUAUUCUCGAUUUAUUCUGCAACUCGAGUAACAUUCAGAUACGUGAGGCUGCAGCUGAUCUCCUAGCUAAGAUGUCAUCUGAUAAAUUGGCAGGGCCAAAAGUUAAAUUAGAUUUAUCAAGGUUUCUUCCAAGAUUAUUCAGCGAGGCGAUUCGUGAUGCUCCGAAACAAUGUGUUCAUAUGUUUGAAACUAAACAUGAAAAUCCUGAGUUGAUUUGGGAUGAUGACGCCAAGGCCAAAGUCUCGAGAAUGGUGGCCGAGUUGAAAGAUGAUUACUACUCACUGCAGAGGAGAAAUCCUCAUGGAAUUCUCAAGCUACCAGAGGCACCGAGUAAUAUCGAUGUUGCUACCAAUGAGCCUGUUGUUGGUGGUGUUUAUCUGAGAUUAUUUAUUGCCAGUCCAGCUUGGGCGCUGAGGAAGCCAAAGGAGUUUCUGAGUGAUUUGUUGGACACGACUUUGUCACUUAUGGCAAGGGAUAAAACUGAUGCUGAUAUGCUGGAACUAACGACUCAGGCACUCGUUUGCCUUCUUCAGGCUCAACCUGCACUGGCUGAUCAGGUGCCCUCAUUGGGGCAUAUACCGAGACUAUGCAGACAAAUGGCGACGAGAAAUAGUCAGCCACCUGUGUACAAAGCGGCCAUACUUAUAUUGCAUCAAUUAGCCACAAGUGAGAUUUGCAUAACCUCAAUAUGCCAGACUGAUUGUAUUAGCCCACUUAAGCUUGCCAUGCAGUCCAGGAAGGAUAUGAUUGCUGUUGCCUGUGAGACGCUCAAUAGAUUGUUUUCUACAAAUGAGGAUCGUCUCAUUAAGCAGGCUUUGGAGGCGGAAAUGGUACCUUAUCUAUUGAAUAUUCUGGAAGGCAGACUCGACCUCAUUGACAAUCCGGCUACUACUAAAGCUCAGAUUGUCAAAGCUCUGAAGGCUAUGGCUAGGAGUAUACUCCUCGGGGAGAAAGUCAAUUCAAUACUGGAGAAAUCGUCUAUUUGGGCUGAGUAUAAAGACCAGAAGCAUGACUUGUUUAUUUCUAAUGCUCCUACCACUGGAUAUCUCACAGCAGGUAUACCAGUAUCGGCUGGAUAUUUAACAGCAGGCCCCAGUGCUCAAAUACCAACUGCACCUCCACCAGUAGAAAGAGAAGACAGGCUGAACCACAGAAAUGAUCACGUAUGAUACGCCUAGCCCUCAAAAUAAUUGGUAACACCUCUAUCUAACACAGUAUUGCAAUGCUACCACCUAAUUCGUCAUUAGAAAUUAUCACACGAACCGUUCAUUAUAGAGACAUUCGAUCACAUGGAAUAUUCUUCGCGAUUAAUCGAUGAUAAAUUAACAGAAUAAAACAGCAUCCUUUAUUAACAGUCUAUUUUACCACUGGUUUCAACAUGACAUUUUGUGCAUGCAAAGCUGGUGUGCAAAGCUGGUCUGGAACAUUAGAACGUUAGAAAAUAUUUGAACAAUUUCAUACAGAUUUGGAAAUUGUAAUCUUUUUGCAUUAUUAGUAUUGCCUAUGAAUAGUAUUUAGAUAUGUGCUUUUGCGCAUGAAAAAUUUGUUAUUCGGACAAAACAACAACAAACAACUGCAACAAGUAACAAGUAAUUUGUUUAAUCAUAUUCCGAAUUUUAAUGGAAAUAGCUUUUCGUAGAAAGAAAGAGAUUUCUAAAGCAUUCCAUAAAGUUAUUCAUUUUUGAAUAGUGAACAUGUGAAAUUAAUAAUUUUUGAAGGUAAAUUGUCAUGAUUUUGAUAACACGUUUGUUUGGAAAGUUCGUCCUUUCGUCCCUGACGAUCAGGAGGAAAGUGAGCACUUUUCGUCGUUGGGUGGAAAGGACUCACUUUCCUUUUACUUUUCAGAUGACAACAUACAAACUUUCCGUUGAUUUCGUUCCCUAUAAUAUACCAUUUUUUACGUUUUAAUCAAUUUUGUUGAAAUGUUAAAAAAAAAGUUACUCUUCUCUUGUUUGUUGAAUCAUGUUAAAAAAAAAUUUUUCACGAAUAUAAUUGUAUGGCAUGUAAGGGCUUUUGCCUGCAGAGACUCUAGUGUAAUGAGCAUUCUUGAUUCCUAAAACGGAAUUUUUAUUUAUGCUGUUUUUUAAUACUUAUCGUUCUCAUAAUGAGAUUUAUUCUUAAUUUGUUGCAGUAUAUAUAUAAUCAUUAUAUCGGGUGAUUGAAAAAAAUAAUUGGAUGUUAUUCUUCCAACUGAGCACCGGAAACUUCUUCAUUUCUGACGAAUUUCUCGUCUUUUGAAAAACUCAUUUCAUGUCCAGGACUCUCCAUUAGGACAAUAAAUAUUAAUUUCAUGGUGGUCUUCGUUGAUAUAUUUACCGAACCCUGUUUGUUGCUAAUCUCAAGGCCUACAACAACAGUUACCAUCUAAAUUUCGUGUAAAUAUAUCGAAGAGGUGCACCAAUAUCAAAUUUAUAUUUAUUUGCUUAAUAAAACCGAUGUGAGAUGAGUUUUAAAGAAAGAAAAAUUUCUCGAAAAUGAAGAAAACUCCGGGGAGCUCAAUUGGACGACUAACAGAUGGACAAUCUGGGGAUUAUAGGUCCCACAACCACCUCUGGAUGUCUCCAAAUUUUUUCCCAAAAUUUCUUACUUUGAAAUCCCUAAUUUUCCGACUGAGGGAGUGAAUUAUCCAAAAUUUUUAUCCACGUCCACUUAUCUCCAUUAGUUUUCAUGAUAUUAAUUAGAGCCCACAAAGUGGACUGUUGUCCCUUCACAAAACCUGGAAUGAAUUUUUUUACAAGGACAACAUCAAAACUUUUAUGUAGAUUUUUUUAUAAUCCUCGAAACUCUACAAAAAGAGUCAAUCGAAAAUUCUUUGAUUUUCCUCAGAUUACAGGAUAACGUAAAUUAAUAAUAAAUUAAUACUUUUGAUUGAACAUCGAACCAUAAUUUUUACCUCAUAUUAGAUGACAGAAGAAUCGAAAGAAGAAAAUUUCACUCUAUAUUCACUUUUUCCUGCCAUUUCACUCUGACCUACCCCUCCUAUUUUUCCCAUAAAAAAAUCGACUAAUUUUUAACUCAGGAAAAUUAUAAAGAAAAGAUCUCAGGAGUCCAUGGUUUUACAGAAAAAGCUAAUUCUAUUGAAUUUUCCCAUUAAAUAUUUUCUGUGAAUCGAUGCAGAAGAAUCCAUUAAAUUCUAACAGAAAUAUAACAGAAUUUUCCAAACAUUUGGUUAUAUUUCAUUAUCACAUCUAUAAAGUAGUUUAUUCAAAACUUUCCAAGAUACUUACAUAACCUUAAAAACUGAAGGAGCAAUUAAGAACUGGAUAAACCUUUUGACUGUCAUGUAAGUCUCAACCAAGAGCACAAUGAGUUAGACUUCUUGUCAAUAAUAUUUUAAUAACAUUUUAUUCCUCAUUUUCAUUGGAACGAUGAAUUUUACAAGUGACGAAUUCUCUAUACAAUGGAGUGGGCUAUGCCCAGUGGUUCUGUAAUAAACCAGAAUGAUGAAUUGCACCGUGUUGAUUAAUGGUGAACGCCAAUAAUUAGUAAUUGUUGAAGCAAUCGAGCCCACGACUCACAAAGUCAGUAUCCGAUCGUUUCGCGCAACUAUAGGAAGGUAUUUAUCUGUGAUUAACUGUGACUCCAUGGAAUAUUUCAGCUUAAACUCAAUGUAAAGUUUCCACGUAUUAUAAAAAUGAAAACUGUAACUAAACAAUGAGAGAGGCAUUCAGUUUUUCUAGUUUUUUUCUAUCGUUAUAUCCAUUAAUCCAGUAUCAAGUGUAGGUAUCGAUUGAGAUUCCCAUGAAAGUAUCAACUGAAAAUGUGCUUUUUUAUCGAAAAAAAAUGUUGGUUAGAUUUUUUUAAGGAAUCUUUGCGUGAACUGAAUAUAGACAUUUUUCUUUUUAUCGUACGUAAGUUCACUUUCUAAUCAUAUUUGUACUUAGGAAGUUUCGUGAUAGCACCAAGGUAGACAAUGAUCAUGUAAUAAAAUGCAAAGAACAUUCUGAGAGAAAUGUUUUAUUCAGAAUGAACAAAUUAUCAUAAAUAAUGUACAUCAAAUAAAAUUAUCUCUCUAGCUAUCCUAAAUAUUUUACUAAAUCAAAAAAAAAAACAACAUUUAACGAUUCGUAUUUCUCGAAGAUGUGAGAUCUGUUUGGUAUUGUUUUCUCCAAAUUUUUAAUUUUCGUUGAACAAAGAUUUUCAGUGUCAAUUGAACAUCAUCACUUUUCAUGAUUUUAAACAAAUUCAUCACGUACAAAAAAUUCAAUACAAAUGUUCAGUAUUACAUGGAAUAGAUUAAAAGAUCUUGAUCUUGAUGGUUCUAUGCAGAUUAUUUUAUUGACAUUUUCGUCGCACGAUAACUUUUAUCAUUCGAUCCAAUGCACACAUACUGUUUAUCUCAUUGAAAAUGUGAAAAAUUUUACUUAAAAUAUUUAUAUUGGAUUUUUUUUAUGUGAUUGAUGAUAGAUACACAAAAAAUGCCUAAUAUCCAAAAGUGAAUAAUCUUCGAGUCUGUAAAUACCCCGCAGAAGGAUUUUAAUCACAAAAAUAUAUAUUGAUGUAGCAUUGAUCUUUAAAUAAUUAUCAGUGAGGAAGGCCUAACGCCGGAGUCACGUUCACAACUGUAUUAUAAAUUCCAACGAAAAAUGAAAUGAUUUUAUAAAACUCACUGAGCAAUGAACGUGAAUGAGUUUAAUCUGUAAAAAAAGUGGAAUAUCCUGUUGGUAUGCAGUUACUAUUAUUUAGAGAUUGAUAUCAGUCUUCUGGUUCAUAUCAUCAUUUGAAAAAUGAAAAUAAAAAAAUCAUCAAGUUAUUGAUCAACGAUGGGCGAUAUACAAUAGGAACGAUCGUUGAAAAUAAUGUUCAGGUAUGUUAAGAGGAUGAAUAAUGCAAUUGAAAAUGAAAAAUCAAUUGUUACUGGAUGAAUAAUGCAAUAUUCAUUCUCAUUGGACACAGAUAUGUAUUCAUUUAUCGACAGAUUUUUGGCAUUUGGAGGAGUAAUGCUAAUGCCGAUGCGAAUUGUUCCAUAAAACGUGUAAAUCAACCUACUGUAACAUUUUGUAAUAUUAACUAAUUAUUUAAAUCUAUCGAUAAGCUACAUGAAGGACAAGCUUUAGAGUUUAUUUCCAUACUAUUACUGAGUUUUUGAGAUUCAAAACAUAAGAUUAUGUACAUAUAUGGAUAUUGAGACAAAUUGUACCACAGAUUCUUAUGUACGGAUGGAAUAUAUAUAAUAAAAUAUAAGAGAUUUUGCACAUGA